AUGCGUGGCGACGAACAUUGUGUAUUUCAAGAAUGGCUUUGCGACGGCAGAAACGAUUGUCCCGACGGCAGCGACGAGUUGGAUUGCAGAACAAAUAAAACAUAUGCAGAAAGUUGUAAAAUAGAGAAUUUCAAAUACAUGUGUCAAAAUCAUCAAUGCGUACAUCUUAACGCAGUAUGUAACGGAAAAGAUGACUGUGGUGACAAAUCAGAUGAAGGUGCCGGUUGUACACCACCCAGUUGCCCCAGCUCGGUAAAAUGCGAUCAUGAAUGCAAACAAACUCCUAAAGGAAGUGUAUGUUUCUGUAAACCGGGUUAUAAGUUACAAAAUGAUAAUCACACUUGUAUAGAUAUCGACGAGUGUCAAACUUAUGGCAUAUGCGAUCAAGAAUGUAUGAAUUCUCCAGGAUCGUAUAGUUGCAAGUGUCAAACGGAUUAUUUCUUACAGGAGGACAAGAAAACCUGCAAAGCGAGUGGUCGUGCUAAAAUAUUGUUCUCUACAAAAAACGAGAUUAUCGAAAUGUAUCUCACCACGAAAAUAAAUGACGUUGAACUCUUCAAUGAAUUGAAAUUCUCAAGUGACCUGGUCAGUAUUGCAGUAAACGAUGAACAGAUAUAUUUUUCGAAAUUGGAAGAUGAUAAUGAAGUCAUUUCAAGAAAUAUUCUUAAUAUGUCUACAGACAUCGUGACAAUAGGCUUGUCAAAGAUAUCGUCGAUGGCCAUAGAUUGGAUCACAGAAAACCUAUAUUUUACGGACAAGAUUUAUCAUCAUAUCGCAGUUUGCAAAAUCAUCGGAAAUGACACAAAUUGCACUGUAUUAAUCGAUGAUAUUGAUGAGCCAACAGGAAUUGCUUUAUUACCAACUCGUGGGAAAAUGUAUUGGUGUAAUUGGAGUUCUAAUCCACACAUAGCAGUGGCGGGAAUGGACGGCAAAAACAUCCACGUAUUUGUCUCUGAAAAUAUAAGUGCGCCGAGAAGCCUAACUAUUGACUAUCAAACCGAUCGAUUAUAUUGGGUGGAUAUCAAAUUAAGGAAAAUUGAAUCAAUACAUUUAGACGGAACUGAUCGAAGAUUUGUACUACAAAAUAUAAUAUACGACCCAUUUUCAUUGGCGAUCUUCGAAAAUAAAUUGUACUGGACCGACAUGAAAUCCAGUGCGAUACAUUCAUGCAAUAAAUUCACUGGAAAGGAUUAUCGGAAUAUCUUACAUCGAAGUUUACAUCAUCCUUAUAGUAUGCACAUCGAACAUCCAGCGCUGAAGCCUAAAAUUAACAAUCCAUGCCUUUCCAACCCGUGUUCCGAAUUGUGCAUGCUAAAUCAGGAGAACAGAUACACGUGCGCUUGUACUUUGGAUAAAGAAUUAAACGCCGACAAUCAUACCUGUAAAGAGACGACGAAGAAGCAUCAUUUGCUGAUAUUUGGUAGAUAUAUAUUUGUAGACUAUUAUGACGGAAUGAUAGGCAAGCCAAAAGUGAAAGAUAUACCGAAAUCACUUAUAAAUGGACAUAUAGAAGACAUGGCAUCUGAUCCGAUCACUGGCCAGAUAUUCAUAUUAUGGAGCGGAUGGACACAAAUAGAUGUCAAUCGCUUCGAUCCUGUCAAUGAUAUUUUUGAAAACAUCAUAUCGAAGAAUUAUUCGUUUGCUUACUAUAUGGGGAUAGCAUUUGAUUAUAUUAGAAAUAACUUGUAUUUAACAAAUUCACGCAACGCAUCUAUCGAGGUAUACAAUGUAAAAACCCUGGCAAUGACGACUUUCUAUUUUAAGGAUAAUAUUCCCGAUUAUAUUACAUUGGUGCCUGAAGAAAGAGACAGUAAAACACUCUUUGUGAGUGCUGAAAACACUAAUAGUAUCUUGUUGCACUCGGCUGAAGGCACACGUAAGUUCCGUACUGAAUUAGAUCUGCCUUUUGGUCUUACUAUCAUUGGCGACAUUAUCUAUUGGACUGAAAGUGGAUCAAAAAAAUUUUACUCGACAAAUGUUAAAAACACUUUUGAUCUGAGCCAUAAGAAUGUAAUUCCUUUGCAUACACACAUAGGACUGCCGUUUCUAAUAACUUUGCGCAGAGAUGUUAAAUUUGAUCACGAUUGUCAGAAAAAUAAUGGAGACUGCUCACACGUGUGUUUGCCUACUAAUACUUCAUUUAUUUGUGCUUGCCCUCCUGGAAUGACGCUUUCAUAUGACGAUCAUACUUGCAUUAUGUAUGAAUGUCCUGCGAACGAAUUUAAGUGCGACGAAUAUAAUCUCUGCAUAUCAAAAAAAAAUGUAUGCGACGGUAUCAAAGAUUGCCCGCAUGGUGAAGACGAGACGAUAGACUGCCAUGAAAAGAAGAAAUGUGAGAAAGAUCACUUCACCUGUACAAAUGGCGAGUGUACCGAUAUGAAACAUCGUUGUGAUUGGCGUUACAAUUGCAUCGAUCAUUCGGAUGAGGAAAAUUGCGAAAGACCGCAAUGCUUAGAAGAUGAAUUUCAAUGUCACGACGGGUUAAUCUCUUGCAUACCGAAGACACUUGUAUGCAACGAGUUCCCUGAUUGUACAGACGCAUCGGAUGAAACAAACGAGGCAUGUAAAGAAACAACAUGUUUAGACGGAGAAUUUCGGUGUCACAAUGGUCAUUGUAUAUCGGCUUCGCUGAAUUGCGACGGCUUCAAUGAUUGCCUCGAUGAGAGCGAUGAAAUAUUUUGCCCACAUCAUUUAAGUAAUUGCAGCAAGCAAUUCCAGUAUCAGUGUCUUGGCACUAAUUUGUGUCUUCCUAAAAUAGUAAGAUGUGAUGGCGUAGUUGAUUGUCCGAGAGAAGAUGACGAGCAUAACUGUGACGUGUGUUUGAACGAUGAAUUUAAUUGUGACGGAACGAAGUGCAUUCCGAAGAGUUGGGUAUGCGACAAAAAGGAUGAUUGCGACGAUAAUUCAGAUGAGAAAGAUUGUAUCGAUGGUAAAAAGACCAUCAUGGAUUCUACUGAAUGUAAUGAAUUCAAAUGUUCUAUCGGCACUUGUCUGCCGUACUAUGAAGUAUGCGAUGGUUUUCAAAACUGCCCAGACGGCAGCGAUGAAAAUGGAAAGUGCCAGACCGCUUGUUCAAUAGAUACUCAUUGUGAAAGUCGAUGUUACAAGACACCAAAAGGCGAUGUUUGCGGCUGUCAAUAUGGAUAUCGUUUAACUAAUGCGACUUCUUGCGAGGACAUAAACGAAUGCGAAAACGACGUUUGCUCGCAGUUUUGUCGGAAUUCAGUGGGUUCUUUCGAGUGUUUGUGUCAUAAGGGAUAUUACAUCGAUAUAAUUGACGGAGUUUCUUGCAAAGCUUUCGGCCCACUAAUGAAAUUCAUCACCGUUACUGAUAUCGAUAUUAGGAUGAUAUCACCUAAUAGACACUCGAUUCAUGUGAUCCAUUCAUUAUCAGGAUAUAGUAUAAAUGGAUUUGACGUGAACGCAGUCCACGAUUCUGUCUAUUGGAGUGAGAGUGAAUUCGGCACUAUUAAGAAACUCAAAAUUAGAGGAAAUAUAGAGGAAACAAAGAAAAUAUUCACAGUCACUAUCGAGCAUCCGCAGGCACUCACGAUUGAUUGGAUCACCGACAAUGUCUAUGUCAAUGAUAAUGGUCAUUUGAAUACGAUUCAGGUAUGCAAUUUCGAGAAUCAAAGAUGUGCGAUACUGGUGGAGAUAGAAGAUAAGGCAAAAGUAGGAUCCCUUUUUGUUGACUCGACUAAUAGAUGGCUAUUUUGGUCUCAAAUAACUUGGCAAAUGGACAAACCGUUUAGCAAAAUAUGUCGGACAGAUAUGAUGGGCGCCGAUAUGAAAAUUAUUGAUUCUGAUGUAGGCUUUGUGAGCGGAAUGACAGUCGAUUACAUAAAAUCUAAAUUAUAUUGGUUGGACAAUUUUAAUGAAGUUAUCAAAUUAUCUAAUCUGGAUGGAAGUCAACGCAGCACGUUCUUAAGUACCAAUAUGCGUUAUCCGUCAAGCAUUAGUAUUUAUGAACAAUCGAUUUAUUGGUUGACGGGUACAAACGGUCAAUUGCGAAGUUGUAAAUUGUAUGGUAAAAGAUUGUGCGAAACAUUAAAUGUAGGCACAAAUAAUGUUCACAAACAGUUCGCCAUUCUUCAUAUUUCCAGGCAACCUGUUGGUAAAAAUCCUUGUGACGUAGAGUUUUGCGAUUAUAUGUGCGUUUUGAAAAAGGAAAAUGCAACGUGUAUUUGUUCAGAUGGUAAACCGAUAAAAUCCAAUACCACUUGUACGAUAAAUAGUAAAUUAAUUGGCAAUACACAACAUACAAGUAUUUAUAUCACAACAAUAAUCGUAUUACUAAUUGCUGUUUUAUUAUUAUGCAUUUACAACUGCUAUCAGAGAAACAAAUUCCAGUGGAAACUAGCAGGCGACUUAAACAUUCACCGCUUUCAUUUUCAAAAUCCGUUGUAUGAUCGAAGAGAUGAGAUUGAGUUGACACUCGAUUCGACAAUUGAAGACUUGUCUUCUGAACAGCACGAACAUGUCAAUCCUCUUGAUGAUGAAUUUGCUGCGAUGGAAAGUAAUAGAAGAGACAAAGAUCAGGUGCUCGGAGGAAAGAGAUGUUGAAGAGAUAGAAAAGCUAGAUUCGAGU